AUGAUUGAAUCCACAAUUGCUCUGGAAGCUAUUACUCAACAAAAGGAUUCUUCAGCAGCUGUAAGUACACCUGCACCAGAAAAACCUCCGCAAUAUAACCCCAAGAUAAUCACAUCAUUAGACUGUAAGUUAUUGCAAUAUGAAUACGGGAUUUACAAAUUGGAGAAAUUUAUCGCUAGUUUGAAACGGUUGCAUUCAUCAACUACAGAAAUCCCCUUGAUUCAUUAUAUUGUGUUGUUAACUGGAAGUGUUUUUGCCAUCAAUGAUAAAGCAUUUGAUUCCAGAUUUGACAAGUUAUCCAAUUUCAAACCAAUUCAAAUUGGGACUGUCAACAUUGCAACAAAUGUGUCUCAUAUCCUUUAUGAUAUACCUGAUUUACCAGUACUGGCUUUAGACGAUUUUCCAUCAUUUGAAAAUACUCUAAAAUGUUUGAAACAAGUUGAAACAUUGAGUAAUAUUUGUUUAUCCGGCUACAAGAAGAGACUUGAAUCGGCUAAAACUGAUAAAGCGAAUGUAUUAAAGGGCACCAACCUUGAAACGUAUUAUUCAAAAUUGGAGUUGAUCAUCUCCCAUGACAUAUUCCAUCAAGAUGUGGAUUUACAAUUAGAUAAUGUGUCAUUUCCUUUAACUGAUGAAGAACAAACAAAUAUUCAGCAUUAUGAAGAAGCUUCAUUAAUUGAUAUGGAUCUUAAAGAAUUGUUUGUCAUUGUUCAGCAAAUGGAAAAACUGUUGACCAAGUUAAAACCAGUGAUUGAUUUAUUGAAAAAACCCCAGGCUAAUGACUCUUAUGCAGUACACAAGGUUUUUCUCCUUACUUCAAGAUUGAAUGAAAUUUACACCAUUAUACGAAGAUUCGGUAGAAAGAUUUAUCUUUCUAAUCAUCAGCAUUUAGUUGAUUCUAAAUUCUUGUAUCAUUGUCCUAACGCUGCAUACUUCAAAACUAAUAUUUUGAAAAAUAUGGAUGAUUAUUACAACUCAAUGAAAAAGAAUGGUACUCUUAUCGCAAAUAUCACGAGACUAAUACGUCAAGAUACGAAAUUGGAAAUAAAUGCCAAGAAUGUAAGUACACACAUCAAUUUUGUUAUCCAAGGUCUUAAUGUAACUGAAAAAUCCCUCAGUGUACUAAAGGAAUUCGGAUUGACUUGGAUUGUUACAGAAAGGAAGUUUAGAAAUGUCUAUAAUUUACCCAGGGAUAACUUGGACAAGAUUUAUGAAAGUAUACCUGAAUUGAAACCAAAACCACCACAGGCAAAAGCAACACCAAAAACUCAACAACCUCAAGCUACAAGACCUAACAAUCUUCAAACUUCAGCUAUGGAAAGGCAUUUAAAGACAUUAGACUUGAAUGAUAAUGGUGGUGGUAGAAGAUCUAGAUCAUCCUCCACUUCAAGUGUGAAUAGUAAUGGUAGUAAUUCGUCAGCUCCACCUUCAGGAUUGAUGAGAAGAGGGUCAUUGACAUCUCCAAAUAAGGGACUUGGGAAUUCUAGAGUAUCUUCACCAAGGUCAAGACCUAAUUCAAUGUUGUUUCAACAACAACAGCACUGCUCUUCCAAUUCUAGUCUUGAGAAUGGAAGUACUGCUGAAGGGAAGGCGACGAGUACGAAAGCGGGUGCUGGUGCGCAAGCUGCCUCGGUUCAAGGACGUCGAAGGUCAAACUCGCAUCCACUUGCUAAUGAAACUGUAGCCACAUCUGGUGCGGCAGCAGCCUUAAAAGCAAAUGGGGUUAAAACCUCAUCUCCCUAUAAACAACAGCAGCGGAGGCAACAAGAACAAGCGCAACAAAAGCAGCAGCAACAGCAAAAGACUCAACAUCAACAACUGCCACCAGUUGUGGAGAGUAAUACACAAGCAGUUAAUGGAGAGGUACAAAACUCGCAUAGUUCACUUACAAAAAAAUUGAUUGCUGUUAGUGAAGAAGUUACAGAAGAAGCUGUCCCAUCAAUAAUCAAACGUUCAGCAUCUCAAAGACUUCAACAACAUAUUCGAGAUGCAGCAAGGUCGGGAGACUUGAGGACUACACAAAGGGAGACGUUUAACUCUGUUGUCUAUGAUCCUAAUCAUACAUCUGACCUCAAUAUGAAACGAUACGUUGAGAGAUCAAAGGUUGGUGAAUCUCAAUCGCCAGAACCAACGUUGUCUCCUCCUCCUUCGAGUGCCGUACCGGCAGCUGCAGCUGCAAAUACAAUUUCCAACCAGUCUUAUAUUAAAGGUUAUGGACAACCAGUACCUAGAACAAGAGAUCAAGUGACGCGAAGCAAUACACAACGUAAUAGUUUCAUACCAGAAUUCCCACCAAAGGCGUCAUUGGAUAGUCAACCAGUUUCUCAAGACAAUUCGUCUAAUUCAACUGCGACUUCGUCGUCUACGUUGGGCAGUAGUGUAGACCAGACACUGCAAACCACACCAUCAACUACAUCAGUAACCACGCCAGUAACUGAUCAAUCUCAAACUACCGCCGAAACAAUUUCCCAAUUUGAUGAUCAGAACACCUUGAUUGUGGGCUCUUCCAAUGAAGCAACUACAACAACAGCCGAAGCAGCAACACCAGUAAUCAAGAAAGUCAGAUUCACUGGAGUUCCAGAAUACACCGCAGCCGAAGAUGCGCCCACGAAAUAUUCACAUGCAAUUUUAAGAAAUUUCGCCGUUUUCCGAUCACCUUCAAAGGCCAAUAAAGAACGUGCUCAUUAUUUCACCAAAAGUGACCAAUUAUUGAAAGAAGAAAGUUUAUCGUUUAGAGCCAAUCAAGCUUUAAAUGAAGGUGAGCUUGUUUUGCCAUCUCAAGUUAUGCCACCACCACCAACUGUAACCACAACAAAGAGGGGGUUGGGAUUAUCUAAAUUUAGAUUCAAACUGCUGUAA